GUCUGUGCACAAUAUACACACACACACACACACACAUAGACAGGCACGGACACACAUACACAUACGCACAGCUCUAGACAGACACAUACCACAAACGAAAGUAGGAGCCAAGCUUAACGAACGAUCGUGGCCCUGUUCACAGUUCGCUAUCGGAACCGUACAAGACAUUCUCUUCAUUUCUCGCUCUUUCUCUUUUCCCUUUUCCUAUUGUUCGCAGACUUUUUACAACGGCUAAAAGUGGAUAAUGGCUAGGAAACAUUUGCCCUCCUCCAUGAUUGUCGAAUGUGCUAACAGAAGAAAUUGCUGUAUAAAAUGGGUAUUCUACUCUUUGAUGUUGCUGUCUCUUUUUCUGCACGCAACCGAUGCUACGAAACGGGUUCACUGCCAGAAAGGAUGUUCUUGCAAACACGGUAAAGUGAUGUGUAGCAAAUUAAAAUCCUUCCCCAAUAACUUACCUAACACCACCAUGUCCUUGGAAAUCCGCGACUCUAAUAUAACAGACAUCCCACCUGGAGCGUUAGCAUUUUCAUCAAACAUUCGCCACUUAACCAUCAUUAACAGCAAAAUUGACAAAAUCCUCACCUGUGCAUUCAGCAAUCUUAAACGCAUCAGCAUCACAUUUACUGGAAGUGCUAUUGUUGAAAUACAAGAAGGAGCGUUCCGCCAUCUAGUGGAUGAUGUCGUCAUUUCUUUGAAAUAUACAACUAUAUUUCGUUUACAUAGUUUUGCAUUUGAUGAUCUGCGAAAUGUUGAUGCGCUUUACAUAACUCAUUGCAGUUUUAAGUCAAUUAGUUCAUUUGCAUUUAGUAAAAUACACAGCGUGAAGAAAGUCCAUAUCGCCAACAACAACUUUCCAAUCCUUCCAUCUUUGACAUUUAUUAAUGUAAAAAAUAUUGGACUGUGGGACAUGGAAUUUAAUACAUUUUCUGAUUUUGCUUGCAACCCGUUUAGCUACCUGUUUUGGAAUGUUACCGAAGUGAAUGUUGUCUUCAAUAGAUUACCUUGUUCUUGUGAAGUGGCUAAAUUUUUGCAAUCCGAUUUUCCUUUCCCUGAACAUAUACGGGAUGCUUUUAUAAUUGAAAACAUGUGUUACGAAUACGGAAAGGCUGAAGAUACGUUCCUCAGCAAUUUAGUUCAGGAGCAAAAGAAUUGUGAAAGCUUACGUCUGGCAAGUUGUACUGAAAACGCAAUGAACUCUUUAGAGGUGAUUUGUCAAAAAUCUUCAGUCAUACGCACUGAUAAGUUGUCAUCACUGAUUCCUCAUGCUACAGUGAAUCCUGAUUUAUCGACAGUCAGAGAUCCAAACGGUGUUUAUGCUGAUGAAAUAGAACCCCUCUAUAACAACCCAACCACAAAAUUUGACAGUCAAGAAAAAAGUGAUAGCCAAAAGAAAAAAACAGAAACCAAAGACGACAUGAUUCCUAAGGAUGGUAUAACUUCUGGUGACAGAGAAGCAUCUGCUGAUGGUAUUAAUGAUGAAUCCAAGCAUCCAGAUUUGGGAUCGGCAAAAAGACAUGAGCCCAAGGAUGAAGUUGAUGUGGUUAUUAGUCGAGUCCUAAAAGAUACCAGUACUUUACCCACCUCCAGAAAAACUGAGCGAAUGAACAAGAAAACCAGCAACAAAGCAGAUUCCAUCAGCGGACGUAUUGGGUCGAUUGUCACUGAAACACCGAAUCCUAAAAGUACGAAGUCAACUUCUCUUCAGCUGCAAAACCAACCAUCUAAAACAAGUGGACAGUCUGCCCUGCAUGCCUACACAAAAUUUUGUAUCAUCUCGUUUCUGUUGGCCAUAAACUGUGCAGUGCCAUAUUUCUAAAGACAUGCAUGUGUACGUAAAUGUCAUAAAUAAAGUUAUAUUUUUGUAAAUAUUCCUUAAGUUAUCUUUAAUUCCCAAAUCCUAAAGAAAAACUAUUGACUGAGGCUAUGUUUUCAGAAACCGGUAGAUCUAAAUUCAAGAAUGUUUGUUUUUUCAUAGCCUAAACACUUGGUCUACAGCACUUGUACGAACGUAAAUUUAGCAAAAAGAGAGAAAAAAAAAGCCAAUUGGAUAGAACAUAGGUCUACCGCGCGUUUAAUUGCCAAAUAAAGUGGUAAUCCUUCCUCUGCUAGAUAGAAUUAGUCGAGAAAGGUUAAGUGGUUUAUCCAGGGAUGCAAUGUAACAUCUAUACUGGAAUGUGAACCCAUGACAACGAUGUGGACAAGUAUUUCUUCGUAAAGACUCAUGUGUGCAACAUCUGUGUCUACGCCCAUCAAGGCUAAAUUCUUUAAUGAUCUACCUGAAGUAUUUCGGUAUAAAAUUGUCCGAGUGUUUCAUUGAUUGUGAUUUUGUCUUCAUGUGUAGUGAGUUGACGGGAAUGGUAAAGACCGGGCUAAUAAUGUUAGAGAAUGAGCUAAUAAAGCUGAAGACCAGGCUAAGAAUGCCUUGCAGCUUCUAGUUUCGUCCCUUUACGUGCUGAAGUCAAAUUUCUCCAGGCUCAUCUUUGCUUUUCUUCACAUAAAUAUAUAUGGCCUUGAGCCAUCCUAAGAAAUCCUUUACUUUGGCUUGACUCACAAGUCAAGAUUUCUAGUUUAGAAUGACCAGUAAAUACAGUAUCAAAAUGAUUUAUACUGAGACUUAUACAUAUACAACACGCACAUACAGACCCAUUCGUUCUCAUUGUACACACACACACACACACACACACACAUAUCAAUACUACAUUUAUUAAUAAUGAAACACAAAAUUAAUCAUACUGUUUGAUGUUCAUUUUUCGAUCAUCGAGUUUGGAAUUGUCUUCCAGUCCGAUUUUGUUAAUAUUUGUACAAAAAACAAAUGGUGGCAGUCAUUGGGAGUAGAAUCUUCUAAAAUAAUUUGUUUGAAUAAUGUUGUGUUCUUGUUUUUGUAAUUCCUACCAGAAUUUGUACUAUAAUGCCUAAUUUCGUGAUUUUUUUUAAAAUUCUAAAUUAAAUUAUAUUUGAAUUAAAAAAAAUUAUAUCUGGA